AGUACAUGUUCACUGUUUGAUGUAUGAAACAACCACAGAGAGAGUUCUUUUGUUAGCAUUUUCACAUUCUGGACGCACAUCAACUGGAAGCAAUAUGACCGAUGAGCAGGAGAUUAUGUGCAAACUGGAAAGCAUUAAGGAAAUAAGAGCUAAGACGGUGCAAAUGGAAAAAAUUAAAACAAGAUUGAAGGCAGAAUUUGAUGCCCUCGAGUCUGAAGAAAGACACCUGAAAGAUUAUAAACACGAGAUGGAUCUUCUGCUCCAAGAAAAGAUGGCUCAUGUAGAAGAACUGCGUCUGAUUCAUGCUGAUAUCAAUGUGAUGGAAAACACAAUAAAACAAUCUGAAAAUGAUUUAAAUAAGUUGCUUGAAUCUACAAGACGCUUGCAUGAGGAAUACAAACCUCUUAAAGAACAUGUGGAUGCUUUAAGAAUGACUUUAGGUUUGCAAAGGCUACCAGAGUUGUGUGAGGAAGAAGAAAAGCUGUCUCUGGAUUACUUUGAGAAGCAGAAAGCAGAAUGGCAGACAGAACCUCAGGAACCACCUGUCCCAGAGUCACUUGCAGCAGCUGCUGCCGCUGCCCAGCAACUUCAGGUGGCCAGGAAACAGGAUGCUCGGCAAACGGCCACAUUCCGACAGCAACCACCUCCUAUGAAGGCUUGCUUGUCUUGUCAUCAACAAAUCCAUCGGAAUGCACCUAUCUGCCCUCUUUGUAAAGCAAAAAGCAGAUCUCGUAAUCCAAAAAAACCCAAGAGAAAACAAGAUGAGUAAUAACUCCAUUGAAUGUGCACAAGUUAACUAAGGUUUAAAUGUGGCAAUGUUACUCAAGCGUAAAAUGGUGUUACGUAGUAGUUUUAUGUUUUCAAUUGUUGUAAGCACAAAAUUGUAUUUUGCUUUUAGAAAAAUAAAUCCUUUGUGUGCCAACAGCAACUUAUCCAAAAUAUUGUAUUUCAGGUAGUAGAAUAGAAUCUGUUAAACAUAAAAGCUAACCGAUAUUUAAUUAACCCAAGGGAAAAUACUAAAAAUAGUUAUGGAACACUACCUGGGCUGAAAUGUUGAUACGGAUGUAUUAAGGCUCAGAUGUCCAUUAAGCCGUACCAUGGUUGUAUAGUUUGCUGAACAGCAAAAAAAAACAAAUUUAAAAGCUGCGCAUUAGUUACCACUUUAGAAGAGAAAGCAUUUAUUGCUUGGAGUAAAGCCUAGAAAUUAUACAGUGCUAAAUUAACAAAUCACUGUAUAACAUGAUUGAUUGAAACUAAAUUGUUGAUGGUGGCUCAGUAAUAGAGCAUAUACUCCUGAAGUCAGAGUUUGGGAGUCAGACUUCACUCCACAGAUGUGUUGGGGCUGAUAUAUUUUAAGUUGAGAAUUUAUGCUGAGGCUCUCUUCAGAUGGAUGGAAGUAAUUUAAUGACAUUAAUGUACAGGGGUCUCUUGACCAAUAUUUAUUCCUGAAUCAACAUCAUGAAACGUGGUAAUUACCUGAUUGCUGCCUGUGGAACCUUGUCUGCAAGUUGCAUUGCAUUUCAUACAUUGCAACGGUGACUACACUUAGAAAAUAUUUCACUUGCUGUAAAGCACUGUGGGACAUCCCGAAGAAAUGAAAGGUGCUACAUCUGGUGUCUAGAUUAUUUUAAUAUUUUAAUAAACUUGGAUACUAAGCAGAACAAAUUCAUAUAAAUACAUUACUUGAUGUUUUUAUAGUUGUAUUGUGCACAGCAAGGCUGAAUAGAGUGGAAAAAAUAGAUUACUUGUCUAAAUAAGUUUGAGAAAUUACUCCAGAGUUUCUGUGCGUCGUUUAUUAAUUUGCAGAGAAACACUGUUAAUCCACAUUUUAAGGUGCUUAACCAAAUUCCAUUAUACAUCCUUGCUUGUACAUAAUAUUCUGUAGUGUAAAAUAGCCUGGGUUGUUUUUUCAUGAAAUAAAACAAGAAGAUUCAGUUAUAAAAAAAAAAAUCAGGUUGUUGUUCUUAAAGUUGAUAGAUGUGCCUUCCCCACAUUUCUGUUUUACAGUCUAGUCUAUUUCUGCAAGAUAGACACAGAUAUGGAAAUACACUUGCUGAUUCUAGCUCAUUCAUCAAAGAAAAUAUAAUCCACAUUGCCUGUUCAGGUUUACUACUGUUUUAAGUAUGUGUACCAUAUGGACCUCUCUCCAGUUCAUGGAACAUUCUCAAACUCCACAAGCAAUAAAAUACCUGAGAUAGCAGCUGAUAUAACACAUACUAUUUCUUUUAGUACUCCAGGGUGAAUACCAUUAGAAUUGGCAGAGCAAUCUGCUUUAACAACAAUAAUCCUAGCCAGAACAGUGGAUUUCCGUUGGUUCAAUUUUAGCAUUGCAUCUGUCAAUCAACAUUGGCAAACCAGCAUUAUCUUCAGUAGUGAAAAGAUGCAAAGUGAGCAUUUAUUACCUCACACGUAAUUGACCUGCACAAUUUUCCAAAGGUUCUAUGUGAUCUUUAAUUGUUGUUUGACUCCUAAUAUUACAAAAAGGCCCACUGUAACUACCACAUACAACCAUUGUUUCAUUCAUAGCUUUUUCCAGUUAAUCUGAACGCACAUUUUAUUCCUGGUUCCUCAGUAUUAUGUAUAUCCCUAUUAUCUUAAGGUAUAUUUUGAUUAUAUCUAAUGAAAUGCUUUCAGUAUUAUCCAUUGUUUUUAUUUUAUGGUGUGCCCUCCUUUUAAUCUGAGGGACUAUAUGACUUCAGUGUCCUCAUCUAUGGCUUUAAGAUCCCACGCUUUUAACAUUUACCACAGUAGUCUCUAUUUGAUAAAGUCACCCAUCAACCAAAUCCAGAUCUUCAUUUAAUCUUCCUGUAUUGGCAUAUGAUUUAAAAUCUUGAAAUCUUGUAAACACACAAUGUGUCUUAACUGAAAACUUUUAUACAAAGUAGUCCAUUCAUCCAUUUUGUACUUCUAUGGACAACUCAAAUUUGUACAUUAAUUCUUUUGUUAAAAGAUCCAUGUCUUGUUAAGACCAUAAGACCAUAAGACAUAGGAGUGGGAGUAAGGUCAUUCGGCCCAUCAAGUCCACUCGCCAUUUAAAUCAUGGCUGAUGGGCAUUUCAACUCCACUUCCCUGCACUUUCUCCGUAGUCCUUGAUUCCUUUUGAGAUCAAGAAUUUGUCGAUCUCUGCCUUGGAGGCAUCCGACGUCCCGGCCUCCUUGAUAUUGUUUAAUUUGUGCUUAAGUACUCUUUAAUAAGAAAUUGUGGAUUCUAAGGCUUGGUCUAAAAGUGACAUGAGACCAAUGUUUUGAUUUGUAGUUAGAUUAAGCAUUUUCCUCUUCCCCUCUUGAAGGGAAGCGAUACAUUGGCUAUCGUCCACUUGUCUGGUACAGUGUAUUUGCAUAGGUUCCUUAAUCUUGGUCCAAACCUCUGCUAUUUCCUUCCCAGUUUCCUUCAGUGGAUUGCAAGAUAUUCUAACAAGAAGUCUGAGAACACAGCAUAGUAUACACAGCUGUAUGAACUUAGUAGUCACAUCUCAAAUUGAAACUUAAUUUUGACAAGUCUAGUCAUGACAGGUUUCUAGACAUUUGCCUGAGUUGCACAUUUAUUUACUGAGAAUGGAGUCAACCUUUGAUUCUUCUUCAGAGGCCUUUCAAUAGGCACUGUGAAGUAGCAGUUCAUUUCAUGCUGUCCUGCAGUUUUGAUUAAUCACAAUUUCGUGAAAUGAUUUGGCAGUUAGCAACAGUCCCUUCCAAAAGAGAGCCUUUUGAUCAUUCAUCCAUAGAUUUCUGAAGCUGGGUCCUACAGAGUACUGAAUUCAGCAACAUCACAGGCUAUAACACUAAUCACCUAUUUCAAAUGCCCCUGCUGCCACUUCUUGUCACUCUUCCCCACAGUGAUCUGUACUAUACUCAUUGUUCAAAUUUGUAAAUGAGUGCAUUGGAAUUCCUUUGCCCAACCACAGUGCUUAUAGAAGGUGGAAUGUUUGAAAACCAUGUAAAAUGCUAUUUUUUUUUCUCUUCCCUUAGGGAGGGACUAUCGAAUGAGAACAGAAAUAAAUAAUAACAUUCAGGAUUGAAUGACUUGUACAUGAGUCUUCAGGCUCUGCUUUAAAGGAGCAAGGGAUGAAAGGCCAAUAAGGGAGUCUGUUGAUGUGAAGACCUGACUGGACCUAAUUCGUAAAGUUGGAGGUUAACUUAAAACUAGCCAGCUUGAAGGUGAAAAGUGGAACUGUGGGUGUUCACUUAUUGGUUGCAAAAAGUCAUAUAAUUGUUGGAGAAGCUGGAUUUACUACCUCUGGGAGAUAAACUGAACAGCUACUUUUGGAAGGUUAAGUCACAGUUUCUCACAGAAGAAAGAAAAGGGACAGUUACACUCAGGGUGCCUAAGAGCCUGCAAGCUGAGAUACCUCUCUCUCUGAGUGGAAUAGUAACAGCACUCAAAGGCUCUGAAAAGAAGGAUUUUUAAUUCAAAUAAAAACUUAGAUCCAACUGAUCAGCUACCAAUUUGAGAAUUACUGUGAUUUGCAAUAGCAUGCUAUCGUUGCCAGAAAACAACAGAACUGUGAGGAAGUGACCUCAUUCCAUCCUUGUGGUUUGAACUCCACAGAUUUUAUGUUACUUAAUUUUCAAUACAUUGACAAACUGUUUUGUCUGUCCCAUUUGUAUGUGAAUGUAUGUUUACGUAUGUUGGGAUUUAAAGGGGGUAUUGUUUAUGUUUGCAUUUCAAUAA